UAAAACAAAACAAAUAGUAGAGCUCCUCACAUGAAUAGUAUCCCUCUCACAUUUCUUGAACUCUGGUAUUUGAAGAAUCCAUCAUACAUAGAAUCUAGAAAGUGAACCUCGUAAAAUUACAACUGCAUCAAACUAUAAAAACUCUUUCCCAUCCAAAGCAACUAAGCAUAUGAUUGUAUGAGUAUAAAGGCAUCAACUCCACAUUUACUCCACUUCUUGAAUCUUUCCCACCACUACUCCACUCUCCGCCUCAACACAAUACAGUAGUCUACACCACAUCAUUCAUUCAUGGAUCCACCUCCCCUUCCGCCCCUCCCUACUCCGACCGUCUCCGGCACCAGUAACAUCGUCAGUCCCACUACCAUACACCUCAACUACCCUGACUCCGUCGAGUCCUCCCCGCGUUCCCACGCAGCUGAUACUUACAAUAACGAACCUCUCCCUCCAGUCCCGGGUGCCAAACUCCGCCUUAUGUGUAGCUAUGGAGGCCACAUUAUUCCCCGCCCGCAUGACAAGUCUCUCUGCUAUGUUGGCGGCGAGACACGAAUGGUAGCCAUCGACCGUCACUCCACUCUCUCCUCCUUAUCAUCUCGCCUUUCGCGUGGGCUUCUUGAUGGCCGUUCUUUUACUCUUAAGUAUCAGUUACCCAAUGAAGAACUUGAUUCGUUAGUAUCUGUAACUACAGAUGAAGAUCUUGAUAACAUGAUUGAAGAGUAUGAUCGGAUUACUGCAUCAUCUUCAGCUUUAGCUCCUUCUCGGAUACGAUUGUUUGUUUUCUUUAAUAAACCAGAAACUGUAGCUUCGAUGGGUUCACUUCUCGAUGAUGCCAAGUCAGAGACAUGGUUCGUUGAUGCACUCAAUGGUUCUUUACUUCCAAGAAACUUAUCAGAUUCUGCUACAAUGGAAUGUUUAGUGAAUCUUGACAGCGAUCAUGACUUGGAAGCUCAAGUAGAUGGUGUAGAUGGAAACAAGCAAGAAAUAAUCAAGAAUCAAGUACCAGUACUACUGCACCAUGAAGUGCAGGCAACGAUGCCCGAUUCGCCUAUGAUGGAGAACGGUUCUUCAUCAUUUGGUUCAUCUUCUUCUUCUCCUUCAAUGUGCAACUUGCCGCCUAUUCGAGUUCGAGUGGAGGAUCAGAAAGUUGGAAUAGAGGAACAGUUUGCUCAGAUGACCUUUGCUCAAGCUGUGCAAAAGCAAUAUGAUGGCUAUGGCCUUUUGGCUACAGCUGUUGCGCCUCUGCCUCCACUUCCUACAGCUGUUGCUGCAGCUGGGAUGGCAUCUUCGCUUAGUCCUGCCGGUGGUUCUAGUGAGCACUUGAAUCGGGUUUUAUCAGAUGAUGAAAGAUCGGAUCAGGGCGUUCCUGUUACUUUCCGCAAAAAACCACCAUUGCCUCUGCAGCCUGUUCAGCACAAGGCUGGUGCCUGUGGUUAUAAUUUGCCUUCACCAGACUCGGUUGCAAGUGACACUAGUAGUAUUGCAUCUGCAAGUUCUUUCUCUAAGCCUAUGCAUUAUCAAGAACAAGUUGCAACAGGAGACAGCAAGCCCCUUGUCAAUCCUGAUACAAAAUGUGACAUCUCAGUUCCAAGCUCUCAAAUUCAAAUUCAGCAAGCUCAAAAUUCUGCAUAUGCAUCGCCUGCACAGUUUGAUCAACAACAGCAAUUUGUACCCACCAGCACACAUUUUUUCCCCCACCCUGCCACAACACCAUUGCCAAUGUCAUCUUACUACCCAAUCUAUGCUACACAGCAGCAACAGCCUCAUCAACCAAUUGAUCAACAUCAGCAAUAUCCUGUAUAUGUAAUGCCUGUUGCACAAACUCAACCAUACAUGUCUGUUCAAUCUAAUCUUAUGGAUACCACUACAGUUAUGACCUCAGGCCGGCCGCCGACACCUAACUCACAUCCACCACCUCUUUACCCUACAAAAGUUGCAGCUGGUGGUGCAGCUACCUUAGCUAAGCAUGAAAUGGCUGCGAGUAUGUAUAGAACUGCAGUGACACCAACUCCCUCAUUAAUCCCUAUGGCAGCCGGCCAAUAUCAGCAACAGUAUGUGGGUUAUGCUCCAAAUCCAAUGCAAUAUCCAACUCAGUCCAUUGCUGUUGCUCCUGCUGCUGCUAGUGGUGCUAAUUAUGGUUAUGAAUAUGCAAAAGGCCCAAGUGAUCAAGUUUAUUACACUCAGAUUCAGUCUGCCCCAGUGCCUUCUCAGUACCAAAGUAUGAGUCCAGCUGCAGCAGCUGCACUAGCAGAUGCUUCAAAUCAACUGUCGACAAGCGCCACAACAAUGCAUCAGAACGGAACCCCACAGCCAAUCUAAGUACUAUUGGCUCCUGUUCUUGUUGCUGUUAUUCAUAAUAUCAUGUCUUUAAGUGGAAAGUUAAAGUUUUUGUCUAUUUUUCUUGAAGUCUAAGCAUAAGAUGCAUUAAAUAAAUAUACAUUGUAUAAGUAAAUAAAUUAGUGCUGAUUUUCUUGUCAAA